AUGCCAUCAGUGGUGCCGAAAGUGAAACUGAACGACGGCUUUGAGAUGCCUGUCAUAGGUUUGGGCACUUAUAACGCCGAUAACAUCGUAGAAGUGAUCGCCAGUGCCAUAGACUCUGGUUAUCGACACUUCGAUUGCGCCGACAUUUACGGCAACGAAGAAGAGAUCGGAACAGCGCUCAACUCAGCCAUCAGUGCCGGCAAAGUAAAGCGCGAAGACUUGUUUGUAGUGACCAAAGUGUGGUGCACUUGGAUGGCAAGGGGUAGGCCUACCAUCAGCGCUAAGCGCAGUCUUAAGCGCUUUGGUUUUGAUUAUUUGGAUUUAUUGCUCAUCCAUUGGCCGACACCUUAUAAACAGGACAAAGACUAUUAUCCACUCGACUCGACGGGACAAUUGAUAUUUGACGACACCAUUAAUUUGGCAGAUGUUUGGAAAGAGUUUGAAGACAUCAAGAAAAGUGGUGAUUGA